AAGUGAGCUACAAACAAUUUCUUGUUUUCAAUUUCUAAAGGGAUUUCAAAACCCUAAAAAUCCCCUUAGUAAGUAGUCGUAGUGAGCAUUAGAAUUUGCUGAAAGCCCAAAUUCUCUGCGAAGCUGCUUCAUUGCCGCAUUCGAAUUGUCGACAAUGUUCUCAAUUGCAGCUAUCAAUGAUACUGAAUCCAAAGGCAAAUGGGAACCUUUAGCUCCCACCAAAGAAGCUCAGGAAUUUCAUCUUUCACAAACUUAUCAUGAAGGACUUCACAAGUUACAAGCUAAAGAAUACAAAAAGGCUACCGAGCUGUUAGAAUCUGUCCUACAAGAUCCUCUUAUAGCAAACGCUCAGGUGGAUGGUAAUGUCAGCGAUUGCCAUCUAUUGCAACUCAGAUUCUUGGCACUGAAGAACCUUGCUAAUGUUUACCUUCAACAAGGUUCGGCAUAUUAUGAGAGUGCUCUACGAUGUUAUCUUCAAGCUGUAGAGAUUGAUACCAAAGAUUCUGUUGUCUGGAACCAGCUGGGAACAUUGUCAUGCUCAAUGGGCUCUCUGAGUAUAUCCCGUUGGGCAUUUGAGCAAGGGCUUUUAUGCAGCCCUAGUAAUUGGAACUGCAUGGAGAAAUUAUUGGAAGUUCUUAUUGCUAUUGGUGAUGAGGUUGCAUGCCUUUCUGUUGCAGAGUUAAUUUUGAGGCAUUGGCCAUCACAUUCUCGUGCUUUGCAUGUCAAGGAAACCAUUGAAGAAUCCGAGCCAGUUCCAUAUGCUCCUAGAGGUAUAGAUAAGCUGGAACCUAAACAUGUCCGUCUAAAAUUUGUUGACAAGAGAAAAGCAAGUGAUGAAAAUAUAGAGGAGGGCGUUGCAUCCAAGAAGCUGAAGCAGAGCAUAGAUCUGAACCUGGCAGAAGCUUCUUGGGCUGCUCUUGUUGAUGCACUCAUGGAUAUCUUACUUCCAUUGAAUGGGAGUCAAUCUGAGAUGGGGGCUGCAAAAUCACACCGAUCUGGGGAUGUAAGAUUGAUUUUACACUUACCUUCUAGUUCAGAAAGUACCGUAGGAUUUGAGGAAAGGAAAGGGUUUAACUUAUCCCCAAUUGGUGGAAAUGCUGUAUUUGGUGAUUGUAACUCUGAAAAAAUAGGUACUGUUAAAGAAAAAGCCACAAAUCUUCUAGAAUUACAACCACAAGAGAGGCGGAGUACUCGUCUUGAAAGGCUUAGAAGUCGUAAACCGGGGAAAGAAGAUCUUGACUUUGGUAAUGGUAAGGAUCAGGCCAAGGUUGUAGUUCAAUAUCUAGAACCUUUUAUUGCUGGUGGAUCAGGAAUCAAAGAUUCUGGUCAUUCUGGUAAUUGUGUUGUUUCAUGUCCUGAUCAAACUAAUCCGUGGGAUACUGAAUAUGGCGAAGUUUCCAGAUUUGUCGAAAAAACUUCAAAUAAUUAUGGUGCUUUCCAUAUGGCACAUUUGCUUUUAGAGGAGGCUGCAAGUAGAGGUCUUUUGUAUCAGGAUGCAUUUAUUAAGAUCCUGGAGUUGGAAAAGAUGACAAGGAAUUGGGGGAAGGAUAGGAGCCGUGAGUGUUGCCUUUUUCUUGCUGAGCUUUAUUAUGACCUUGGGUCAUUGUCUUCCGAUGUUUCCAGGCUAUCUGAGUUCAUGUCUGAGGCAUCUUAUCAUCUUUGUAAAAUUAUUGAAUCUGUAGCUGUGGAAGAUGAAAGUAUCUCUGGGCUUAAGAGAUUCUUUGGUACUAGUGGAAUAUCAGCGAAUACUUCUGUUUGCCCGGAUGUACCAUUAGAUGGUUUGUCUUUAACAAGUAACAGUUCCUUCUGGGUUCGGUUUUUCUGGUUAAGCGGACGGUUAUGUAUUUUGGAUGGCAACAAGGAAAAAGCCCACCAAGAAUUCUGUAUUUCCUUGUCUCUUUUGGCGAAGAAGGAAAAUACGACUGAUUCCCAAUGUGUGAUCCACCUCCCUUAUUGCAAGGUUGUUAAAGAGUUAACCAUUCAUAGAAUUCUCCAUGAAAUCAACAUUUUAAAGGUUGAUUUCUUGAUGGAGAAGACUUUAGGUGAGAUGAUUGAGAAAGAAAUGUAUAUGGAGUGCAUGUCCUUGCUUGUUCCACUUCUAUUUGCAACAAAAAAUGUUCCCCCUGAUGCAUUACCCUUGCGCUUAGCUGAUAAAGGAGGAGAAGGAAUUACUUCUGUUGAACUAUCAGCACUAGAUAUUUUAAUCAAAGCAUGUGAGAAGACAAAACCUAUGGAUGUUGAUGUUUAUUUGAGUUGCCAUCGGCGGAAACUGCAAAUUCUUAUGGCAGCAGCAGGAAUCGAUGAAUGCCUUGCUUCCUGUAAAUCCUUCCUAUUGAAAUCUGGGUCAAACCCUCGCUAUGCUUCUGAUGUAGAUACAAAAGAAAGUUCAAGCAAGCAUUGCUGGAAUUUCUUGGUUGCAGAGGAAGUGAAGGCUAUUUCUCAAUGUGUGUCCCAAGUGAAGAACUUUAUUGAUCAAUCUGGGGCUUCUGACACUAUUCCAAUGAGCAGCAUAGGUGAUAUGCAAUGCUUGCUCUUGUCAGUCAUGUGCAACGUUGCAAGUAUAUUCCUCUCUAAGAAGUCUUCUGAUCUAGUAAUUACUGAUCAAAUUGAAAGAAGUUGCUUUAUUGAAGCUUCCAUUGCAUUUUGCAAGCUCCAACACCUCAACAUCAUGAUAACUGUUAAAACUCAAGUUGACUUAAUUGUCACAAUGCAUGAUUUGCUGGCUGAGUAUGGGCUCUGCUGUGCUGGUCUGGGUGGUGAAGGGGAGGAAGGAACAUUUCUUAAGUUUGCAAUUAAACAUCUAUUGGCCUUGGAUAUGAAGUUUAAAUCUAACUCUAACUCAUUAAACAAGGAAACAACUCAAUACAAAGAGCAACUUUGCCUAAACAGUCAUGCCAAAUCAGAUACUGAUUUGGAAAUGGUUCACACAGGAAUAGAUGAGACCAGUGCUGCAGGAAAGGAUGCUUCUGAAAGGACACCUUCCAAAAGCACUUCAUUUGAUAAUACCCUAGAUAAAGACAGUGUGGGAUUGGAAGGUGGAAAGCAAGGUGUAGAUGGGUCUGGUGGCAAGUUCAACGGAUGUGAAAAAGAAAAUGUUCAAUUGAACAAAGCCGGAGCUGAGCUCCUUGAAGAUGAAAGGGAGGAACUUGAGUUGAAAAUUGAUUAUGCAUUGGAUCAGUGUUUCUUCUGCUUAUAUGGUCUAAAUAUAAGAUCUGAUUCAUCCUACGAAGAUGAUUUAGUUGUGCACAAAAAUACUAGCCCUGGUGAUUACCAGACAAAGGAACAGUGUGCUGAUGUUUUUCAGUACAUACUACCUUAUGCAAAGGCUUCUUCGAGGACAGGAUUAGUUAAAGUUCGAAGAGUACUCAGAGCCAUACGCAAACAUUUUCCACAACCACCAGACGAUGUUUUGGCUGGAAAUGCAAUAGAUAAGUUCUUAGAUGAUCCUCAUUUGUGUGAAGAUAAGCUGUCAGAGGAGGCUGGAUCUGAUGGGUUUCUUGAAACCAUAACAAAGAUUAUACUCCCUGAUGCGAGAAGCCUUAAACAACAGAAGCCAUCAUCCGUUGGGAGCUCUGAACCGUAUCUGGAUGUCUAUUGCAACUUGUAUUAUUUCCUUGCCCUAUCUGAGGAAAUGAGUGCUACUGAUAAGUGGCCUGGCUUUGUGCUUACCAAGGAAGGGGAAGAAUUUGUACAGCAUAACGCAAAACUCUUCAAAUAUGAUUUACUCUACAAUCCUCUACGUUUCGAAAGUUGGCAAAGACUCGGAAAUAUCUAUGAUGAGGAAGUAGACUUGUUGCUAAAUGAUGGCAGUAAGCACAUCAAUGUGGCAGGAUGGAGGAAGAGUGCUACUUUACCUCAGAGAGUUGAGACAAGUCGACGGAGGAGUAGACGGUGUCUAUUAAUGAGUUUGGCUUUGGCAAAGACAUCAGUUCAGCAGUCUGAGAUACACGAGCUAUUGGCAUUGGUGUACUAUGAUAGCCUUCAAAAUGUGGUGCCAUUUUAUGAUCAGCGAACUGUUGUACCCUUGAAGGAUGCAGCAUGGAUGAUGUUUUGUGAGAACUCGAUGAGACAUUUUAAAAAAGCUUUCGCUCACAAGCAAGAUUGGUCCCAUGCUUACUAUAUUGGGAAGCUCUGUGAAAAGCUAGGAUUCUCUUAUGAGACAUCAUUGUCAUAUUAUGAUAAAGCUAUUGCUCUAAAUCCAACAGCUGUAGAUCCAGUCUACAGGAUGCAUGCUUCACGUUUGAAGAUGCUUUGUACAAGUGGAAAACAAAGUAUAGACACUUUAAAGGUUCUUUCAUCAUAUGCCUUUAAUCAAUCGAGAAAGGAUGCUAUCAUGACAAUCUUAGGUAGCAUGGAUUCUGAAAACUCAAACUCACCGGAGGAUAGAAGCACACAAGCAAACACUGGGGAGCAGAAGCAUGAAGAUUCACUCAAAUUAGAGGUGUGGAACAUGCUUUACAGUGACUGUCUUUCUGCCCUUGAAACUUGUGUUGAAGGGGAGCUUAAACAUUUUCAUAAAGCCAGAUAUAUGCUUGCUCAAGGUCUGUAUAGAAGUGGGGAAAGUGGUGCGCUGGAGAGGGCAAAGGAAGAACUCUCCUUUUGCUUCAAAUCAUCUCGCUCAUCAUUUACAAUAAAUAUGUGGGAGAUUGAUAGCAUGGUCAAAAAAGGAAGGCGGAAAACUCCUGGUUUCUCUGGGAGUAAAAAGUCCCUUGAAGUUAACUUACCUGAAAGUUCUCGAAAGUUUAUUACUUGCAUCCGGAAAUAUCUGUUGUUCUAUUUGGAACUGUUGGAGAAGACUGGAGACAUCUGUACUCUCGACCGUGCUUAUAUAUCUCUGCGAGCUGAUAAGAGGUUUUCACUAUGCAUUGAAGAUCUUGUUCCAGUAGCACUUGGGAGGUACGUUAAGGCCUUGGUUUCAUCCAUGCGACAAGCUGAGACUGUUGGCUCUGGUGCUACAAGUAAUUCUGAGCAUAUAUUGGAGAAAGUGUUUGUUUUGUUCAUGGAGCAGGGGAACUUAUGGCCAGAAAUAUGUGGUUUGUCUGAGAUUAAGGUCGCAGAAACAUCAGAAAGCAGUUUAUAUGGAUAUCUUCAUGAACACAUAAUAACAUUGGAGAAAAAUGGCAAGCUGGAGACACUUGAAGCCAUAAAUGAGAAGAUACGAAAGAGGUUUAAGAAUCCAAAAUUAUCAAACAGUAACUGUGCAAAAGUUUGUAGGCAUGCUUCCAUUGCUUGGUGUCGAUCUCUUAUACUAAGCUUGGCAAAGAUCACUCCGUCACAGUCUGAAAUCACCGGUGAGAUGCAGGUCCUUAAUCCAACAGAGAUGUCGGAAAACAGCCAGCUGCUUUGUGUUGAUCUGCAAACAGACGAAUUAUGGAGUUCAGCAUUCGAGGACCCAACCCAUUUUAAAAAUCUUGAAGCAAAACGGAAUCCUAUUUUGUCUAAAAUAAAGAAUUUAACAGUUAAGAAAGCUUCAGAUGAAAAUUUGGAGGCUGCCAGCGCUCUGCUUCGAUCUUCUUACAAUUUUUAUCGCGAGAGCUCCUGUGUGAUGCCCUCGUCUGGUGUCAACCUGUAUUUGGUUCCGUCUUGGUUAGCAAAGGAUACACAGUUCAAGCCGACCAUGGAUGGGGCUGAAAUCCUUGACCUUAGCAUUCCGAGAAAGCUUCUCUUGUGGGCUUACACGCUAUUGCAUGGCCGUUACACAAACAUAUCUUUUGUCGUAAAGCAUUGUGAAGAGAAUGCAAAGUCUAAAAUGAAAAAAGGAGCUGGAACCUUAUUUGCGCCCUCAAACACAAGCACACCCAACACCAGCACUACGCAAGCAGGUUGUGGGAGAGAUGGAGCCGGCCAUGCUGGAGCCGGUGAUGCAGAGGCCGCUCCGGUGACAACAGUUGUAUCCGCGUCAUUACCUGAGGACUCCAUGCAAUGUGCCAAUCCACCACCUUCCGGCGUCUGUCGAAGGAGUUUAUUUGCUCCCCAACUGCACCAUUGCAGCAACACCGUUGCAGAGAAGAGCAAUACAACGGCAGAUGGAGGAGGUUUAGACAAAAGUUGAAUUAAAAUUAGCAAAUUGUAUAGGUAUUCUUGUAAAUAUUUUCUCCCUGUUAAUCUAACGUAUCAUUAGGCUAACCGGAUGCUGAUGUGAUGUGAUACCCAACUGGAUGCAGUUUGGAUUUAAGGGCAUGAGAAAA